UCAUUCAAUCUCCCAUACACACAGACCCACAGCGAGACACACACACGCGCACACGCACACACACACACUCACUCUCACACACACAACAGCACGCAGAGAGGAGGCUCGGGAAGUCAGGCCGGCUCCUCGCCCCGGCGCCUCCUCCGCUCCAGCAGGCCGGGGCUCCCCAGGGGCCCGGAGCUCGGCCGGGCCGCGUAGCCCGAUCCAGGGCGAGCUCAGCGGACCCCGCGCCUCCAUGGGCAAACGCGGGCGGCCGCGCAAGGAGGCGCGCGGCGAGGGCGCGGGGCCGGUCCCCUCCGCACCCCCGGCCGCGCCCCAGCCCCCAGCCCAGCCGGAGGAGUUAGCGGGGGCCAAGCCCAGGUGCCCCUUCUCGGACAUUUUCAACACCAGCGAGAACUCGAUGGAGAAGCACAUCAACACUUUUCUGCAGAACGUGCAGAUUCUGCUCGAGGCAGCCAGCUACCUGGAGCAGAUCGAGAAAGAAAACAAAAAGUGUGAACACGGCUAUGCCUCGUCGUUUCCCUCCAUGCCCAGCCCCCGGUUACAGCACUCAAAGCCCCCACGGAGGCUGAGCCGCGCACAGAAGCCCAGCAGUGGGAACAGCACCAGCACUGCCAACAGAUCUACACACAAUGAGCUGGAAAAGAAUCGGCGAGCUCAUCUGCGUCUGUGUUUAGAACGCUUGAAAGUUCUGAUUCCUCUAGGACCAGACUGUACCAGGCACACAACGCUUGGUUUGCUCAACAAAGCCAAAGCACAUAUCAAGAAACUUGAAGAAGCUGAAAGGAAGAGCCAGCACCAGCUUGAGAACUUGGAACGAGAACAGAGAUUUUUAAAGCGACGACUAGAACAGCUGCAGGGUCCUCAAGAGAUGGAACGAAUACGAAUGGACAGCAUUGGAUCAACUAUUUCUUCAGAUCGUUCUGACUCAGAGCGAGAGGAGAUUGAAGUGGAUGUUGAAAGCACAGAGUUCUCCCAUGGAGAAGUGGACAAUAUAAGUACCACCAGCAUCAGUGAUAUUGAUGACCACAGCAGCCUGCAGAGUAUUGGGAGUGAUGAGGGUUAUUCCAGUGCCAGUGUCAAACUUUCAUUCACUUCCUAGAACCCAGCAUGACAUAACAUUGCAGGGCAAAAUAUUUACUGGGCCAAUACAAUACAAUCUCUUAAAUUGGGUUCAUGUUGCAGUCUCCUCUUUAACUUGAACAAGGUUGAAAGACUUGUAUUUAAGCUAAUACUUAGCAAAAAGUGGGGUAGAGCCUCCCCAGCAGAACAAACAUUCAGAAUAUUCAUACUCGAAAAAAUCUAAUUUCUCAAGGCAGCAGCAAAGGAAAUUACCUUGAUUUGAUUUAGUUGGUUUAAAAGAGGACAUUGGAGAGUACGGACUCUUUGUAGUUUGUUCAUACUACAUUGAGUAGACACAUUCAAAGAUGGGGUUAUGAACCCUUCCCGAGCUUUAUGGCCCUAGAAACAAAAUCAAAUCUAUAGUGAGGAAGACUAGAUAAUCAGGCAGUAAACUUGCGUAGCUAAAGAGCUAUUAAAACACAGCCUGGGACAACUUAUCAUGAAGCCUGUGGAUGAUCAGUUCUUUUUUAGAAAACUCAUUUCAUGCUCUACAAAAGGAGAGACUCCCAAGAAGCCUUUAAAGGGAUCAUCAUGCAGCUCAGCUUUCUGUUGGAUUCCAUGCUAAGCAAGUUGACCUUAUCCUGCAUUGUUAGCACUAGGGCACCCAACCGCAGCCACACCUAGUGACCUCUCACACAGGCCAAGUGUGGAUGAGGGGCAAGAAGGAAAAAGCUCUACGUGCCUCAAUCUGCGUGUCAGAAGAGUUGUGCAUGCAGAUUAGCAGGCCAAGGUCUGAGCCAUGGCAGCAUUUUUAUUUGAGAUUUUGAUAACUUUAUAUGUGUUGAAAACCAAAAUGACAUCUUUUUAAAGCUUGUCCAUAAGUAAACAUAGAUGUCUUUUAUAGUGGAAAAACAUUGGGAAAAAUCUAUUUUGAUGCAGCAUUUGAUAAUAACACCUCACUCUUUAUAGUGCACAAAAUGAAUGAGGUCUGGGCUAGGUAGAAAAAUGGUCAAUGCUGUUUUUGUUUUUAGAAUCAUUACCCUUACCAGCUUAUAACCAUCUGGUACCCACAGUAGAUACAUUAUCAUAGUUAACAUAGUUCAGUUCAGCACUUACUCAUUUCAUUGUAAAGAUUUGCUUCCAUUUUCUACAGUCUCGUCUCACAGUCCCACUGUGCAGGUGCUAUUGUUGCUCUUCUAUUUUCAGAAAUGUCAUUUUCUUCUAAGUGAACUUCCUAGCCUGCACUUUGAUGUCAUCUGCUCCACUGUCUCAAACACCAAGGUCCCCCUGGUCCUCUCCCUUAUUCCAGAAGGCCUUCCUAGGGACCUAACCUCCCCACAUCCUGUUUGGACUUUGUAUACUUUAAAUAAUUUAACUGCCCUUAAUUACUUAAAAAAAAGCUUUAUGAUUUUCAUAACUUAUUGCUGAUUUUAAUGGGUUGUUAAUUUCAGUCCUGUAGUUUUAUUUUGUGUUUAGAUAGGGCUGGGCAAGAAAUAAAGAACCAUAUUUAGCAGUGCA